CCCCGUCCGCGCCGCACGGAUCCUUCGAAAUUCCAAAUUCAAAUUGUCAUAUUCUUUUUUCGAAGUGGUAUACUUUUUUAAUUGUAAUCAAAAAAGGUUGUCAAUAACUUUUUUAUGUUUUUAAAAGUGUUAGAAUAUUGAUCGCGAACCAAGGUCCGCAGGUUGUUGGCGACACGAUGUGCGAGGGUCGCGUAACUUUGGACAGAGUUUGGAUGCAGUUGGUGUGGUUUCAGUGAUGGAGAUUUGUGUGUUGUGUUUAAGCCAUGAGGAAAUGCUGUUUUGGAAUACGGAUCGACUUUAAGACAUGACGGCGCAAGACCGAGGAAAUAUUUUCACGGACGACGACGAGGAUUUGCGUCCACGGCAACAGAGCUUGGGCGGGGUGCUGCGGCGCGAAGGCAACUGGAAGUGCUUCAUGCUGACCCUCAUGAUCGCCGGCUGUCUCGGCUCCGUGGCCUGGUGCAACACCGCCAAGAUCGACAAGGAACUCAUCGAUUUGCACACUUUCUUUUCCCGCAGAUUCCCGAUAAAACGGGUGGUACGUGAAUCUCCGUGCGAUGUCGGCUACGCCUACAUACCCAUUGCGUUCGUUCUGCUUCUAUACCUGGUGUACCUGGUGGAAUGCUACCACAGCACAGCCAGGAUCCAGCUCGCCCGGCGGGUGGACACCGCGGCCGUGAGCGCCAGGGUACACGCAAUGAGAACCGCUACGCCGAGAGUUUGGUGGAAGGCGAUCUGCUAUCAUUACGUGCGGCGCAAGCGACAGGUGACGCGGUACCGGAACGGGGACGCGUAUACCACCACGCAGGUAGGCGUGUACUACGAGCGCGUGAAUACGCACAGCGCGAGCACGUCGUUCGCGCACGCGUGCUGCGGGCAGCGCGACGCGUCGCGUAACCUCGUGCUCGACUCCAACACACCCAUCACUAAAGUGCGCUUCAGCAAAGGAUUCGCCUUUGCCAACAUUGAGGCUGCCAGUGAGUUCGAAGAUCAAAGGUCGAGGUUUUUCGCGGAACACGAGCGGUUCGACGACUUCAUGGAGAUGCGAGAGGGCUUGGAUCUGAUCGGAGUUAGCUCGUUCAAGGAGUACAUGGUUGCCUACCGGGACGCCGAUCGCUGCCCAUGGUACUCUUCUCAAUGGUUGUUUUGGACGCUAUCGUGUUUACUGCUAUCGUGGCCUCUUCGGAUUCUCAUAGAAUGUAACACCGCCUACGUGCAUUAUACAAUUACCAAGAUAUUUGGAACAAACUAUGAACUGGAUCCUAGUAGACAGUUGGAUAUCGAUACCCACAUGUCAGAUACGUUACCUCCUGUUCCACAGAGGAACUAUGCCUGGGCCAUAGCUGAUGAGCAGAGUGCUUUGCUGUGCUCCGCGCCCCGCCCACCCCGGGCUCUUCCUCUCUCCCACGCCUCAACAGUUGACAGCCUCGAGCUGUUUGCAGCCAUCCGAGAGAAUUGUGCCUUAGUUCCUUCCUAUUCAGAAGCCAUGCGUAUCGACGCAGCACUUAGGGAAGAUCCCGCAGAAAAUUCUAAUAGUAAUGGAGUACUAAUUAACAUGGAAACCGAGCCAAGACCUCACCGGCCCGCCAUAAAAGCCGCUUCAUUUGAUGAGCCACAGCGCAGGCCCAGAGCUGCUGUAACUAGUACACAUUCUAGUCAUAAUAUAUCUGCAAUCGCUAGGUCGCAUGAAGCUAAGCAGCAGAACAGGCGAUCUUGGGCGGGUAUGGUGUCUACCAACAGAACGGCAAGGCAGAUUCUCGAGGAGAUCCGAUCUUCUGCCCCAGUGUGCUACCAACCCAUGCCAGAGUCCCAGGCUCCUACACGAAGUGGGGACAGUAUGCUAUACUUUUCAAGGGAACUAUCCCCGACCUGUUCCAGGGAUCCGUUUGGAGGACGGGCUCAAACAACACCGACUGACGAGCCUCCGUCUUAUGAAGAAGCGUUGAAACUUCCAGCCUUGAGGAAACUGACAAGGUCAAUCACAGGAACUGAUCUGUCCGGUCCUGGAAGGGCCUUCCUGAGGGAUGUUUUAUCGAACAGAAGGUCUUGCCUUGAAGGGGUGGGGGUGCUGGCAGGCGCGAAGUCGGUGCGUCUCCCCAACAGUGAUCCAGGUGACGAAACACCACUAUAGCGCUUUUAUACACUCGUGCAAUUAUUGACUCUAUGGUGCAAUCAAAUAUAUACUCAACUCGUGGUGCCCGCGGCUUCGCCCGCGCUAAAUCUACAUUUUUAUUCAGCCUGUACUUUAUUUAGCGAUAUUGAGUAAUUAGAGGCCAGAACCAAGCUGUAAAUAUUAUAAGGAUAGUUUAUCGGAAUUUGAUAUUUUUAAUGGCAAAAUACCAAAAGGCCGUCAUGAACAGACUUGCAUUGUAUUGUAACGUAUAUUAUAGAAUAACUUAAGUAAACGAGAUGAUAUUAUACUUUCCUAAUGCAGAACAAAUUGACAGCUUUAUAGGAUGAAGCGAAUGAUAGUAUUAUGGAAGAAAGUACAUAGUUUAAAGAAAGAGCUUGCACAAUUAAUAUUUAGAAUACAAUAGACGUCAUGUAGAUAGUAAUACAUUAUGUGUCUGCUUGCUUAUUCUAUUGAUAAAGUACCUAAUGUUGUAUUAGAUAGGGUAUUACAUUUAUAGGGUCUGAGAUCCGCUUACAUAUUACAUUAAUUAAAUAUUUCAUUCCAUCAGAAAUUCCUACAGUAAUAAAUUUUAAUAAUCUUAUUAAAUAUUACAACCGCCGCUUCCUUGGUUUAAAAUGCUUCCCUCAAGCAUUUUCAAAUUCUGUUUAUUUGAUCAUAGCCAUGCUUCAAUUGACAAAUGACCCUCAUCGCAUAUUCUAUUGCAUAAAAGACUUUAUUUUUUAUUCAAUAAAGAAAAUAUAUUUUUCCCUUUUGAAAAUGUAAGGCUGUUUCAUUAGCAGCCACAGUCGAACCACCGAAUUAUUGUAAAAGCAGUA